AUGGAUGCCCCGCACCCGGUUGUUGCUCAGCUCGCUGAGGAUGCUCGUAGUGAGAGCAUGGGCUCCCAGAAUUCCCAGACUGCGAAGGAAUUUAUUGAGUCCCAGCUCCAACUAGAGGCAGAUGCGCGCGAGGCUCUUCCUUAUGCCUUUGACUCUUGCACAUAUGAUCUCGGACCAUUGCGACAGGUGCUCUUUGCCUGCCUCACCUGUAAUCCUCCCCCUAACGACCCCAACGAAUCCUACACUGCCGCGGCUGUCUGUUACUCGUGUUCGAUCGCUUGUCACGGCGAGCAUACCCUAGUCGAGCUCUUCAACAAGCGCAACUUUGUCUGCGACUGUGGAACCACCCGUUUGCCAUCAUCUUCCUGCUGCACACUCCGUGAAGAUCCCACAACCGGCAAGAAGGGUGUACACUCCCAAAAGGCUGCAGCAGGCAACACAUACAACCACAACUUUCGCAAUCAGUUCUGUGGCUGCGGCGAACAGUACGAUGCGUAUUCAGAAAAGGGCACAAUGUACCAGUGCCUUGGACUUGGCACCGUCGAGACCGGAGGCUGUGGCGAGGACUGGUGGCACCCGGAGUGUCUCAUCGGCUUGUCGCGUGAUUGGAACAAGGCUGCCCCCAAGGUCAAUGGACUCGGCGGCGGUGAUGCCACAAAUGACGCUUCAGUCGAGGAAGAAGAAGACCUCCUCCCACCUGGGUUUCCCGCAGAGGAUGAUUUCGACCAUCUGAUCUGUUUCAAGUGCAUCGACUCUAACCCCUGGAUCAAGCCCUAUGCGGGCACUCCUGGAUUCUUGCCGCCAGUCUUCCGGGAAGGUGGACUCAAGAAGGCCGCAAAUGUGACUGAGGAUCCCUCUGUACCAGCCACUGAGCCCAAGGAGACCGAACACAAGGUGACUGAACACAAGGAGACCGAAUCUAAGAAUCCGGAGAAGGCUGAACACUCAAAGAAGCGCAAGGCAGAUGAUGAGGGGCCCACUGAAGGAGAGCCUGUUGCUAAGCGAACCAAAGAAGAAGAAGAAGGAGCUCCUGUCGAGGAACAGCUAUCGAAGGUCGUGAAAGAAGAGGAGCCUACUAAGGAAGAAAAUGACACUCCUACCAAGCCCUCUCCCCCUAAGCACACCGAGCUCCCCGAAUCCACUCCAAUGGAGUCGUUCUCUCUUUUUGCCUUGGAUGAUUUCCAUAGUCAACUGUGCCGCUGCGCAGAGUGCUUCCCCAAGCUUGUUCCCCACCCUCAGCUUCGUGAAGAAGAAGAUACAUAUGAGCCUCCCAUGUCUGACGACGGCCAAGAUAAUGGUGCCGCAAGUGUUGGUACGGGAAGCAUUUACGACCGCGGCGAGGCAGCACUCAACAACAUGGACCGGGUGCGCGCGAUCGAGGGCGCAAUGGCAUACAACCAUCUGCGUGACAAACUCAAGGUGUUCUUGCAGCCCUUUGCGGAGAGCGGACAGGCUGUCAGUGCGGAAGAUAUCAAAGGCUACUUUGAGGCGCUGCGUGGUGAUGAGCAGGGCAUCAAAGAUGCCGCUAACCACGCUUCUACUGUGGGUGGUGAUGGCAAGGAUGAUACCAGCGGAGACAAGCGAUGCGAACAGAACGGUAAGUGA